GUCAUUCAUCUGUUCACCAAGUCGAUUGUAGCCGGCGCAACCGCGACCAUUCGUCGUCGGCAUAAAUCUGAAUACGCCAACGACAGGCUGUUUUUGAAAAUAUUAAGGUUCCCCCAUCUGUUAUUACGAACGUCUGGAGUCAGUAGGAACUCUUGAAGGGAUCGAGUCAAAAUGGUGGAAGGAGGUGCUGCAAAGGCAGACAAGGCAGAGUGUUUAGAAUGUUGGCAAACAACAUGGAAGACACCUUACAUUAUGCGCCUUGCUCUGUCUGCUGGGAUCGGUGGUCUCCUUUUCGGAUACGAUACCGGUGUGAUCUCUGGGGCUAUGCUUUACAUCAGAGAGGACUUUGAAGUUGUUGAUAGGAAAACAUGGCUACAGGAAACCAUUGUAAGUAUGGCUGUAGCAGGUGCUAUCGUGGGUGCUGCAAUAGGUGGCUGGAUGAAUGAUAAAUUUGGACGAAAAAAGGCGAUUUUAGUCGCCGAUGUAGUGUUCUUCAUUGGUGCAGUUGUCAUGGCUGUCGCUCCUUUUCCCGGAUUCAUUAUCGUCGGGAGACUUAUAGUUGGGUUCGGGGUCGGAAUGGCGUCGAUGACAGCUCCUCUUUACAUAUCAGAAGCUUCCCCUGCUAGAAUUAGGGGUGCUCUUGUUAGCACUAAUGGCUUGCUAAUUACAGGAGGGCAAUUCCUUUCCUAUUUAAUCAACCUGGCCUUCACUAAGACCAAGUUAACAUGGCGUCUGAUGCUUGGAGUAGCAGGAGUGCCACCUCUGGUUCAGUUUGUUUUGAUGUUAUCGCUGCCCGAGUCUCCUAGGUGGCUCUACCGACGGGAUAAAGUAGAUGAAGCAAGAGCCAUUCUGGAGAAAAUCUAUCCUGCCGAUCAAGUUGAGGAUGAGAUGAGACUGUUGCAUGAAUCUGUGGAGACUGAAAAGGCAGAAGAAGGAGCUAUUGGAGAUGGCAGUAUCAUAGCCAAAGUGAAAGGUGCUUUGAGCAAUCAAAUCGUCCGAAGAGGGCUCUACGCCGGGAUCAUGGUGCAAGUAGCUCAGCAGUUCUGUGGUAUCAACACUGUCAUGUACUACAGCCCAACCAUCAUCCAGUUUGCUGGAUAUGCUUCCAAUACGACAGCCAUGGCGCUUUCUCUCGUUACUUCCUUUCUCAACGCUGCUGGCUCCGUUGUUAGCAUGGUAUCGGUUGACAGAUAUGGUAGAAGACGUCUUAUGCUCAUCUCGAUGAUAGGGAUUAUCACCUGCCUAGUGGUGUUGGCUGGAGUGUUCUUCCAAUCUGCUCAUCACGCUCCGCCCGUCGACGCCUUGGAAUCUUCUCACUUUGGAAGCAACUCCACUUGUUCAGCUUAUGCCUCAGCUCCAGAUGCAUCUUCAUGGAAUUGCAUGGCAUGUUUGAAGCAACAAUGUGGCUUCUGUGCCAAUGGAGAUAGUGAGUAUCUUCCUGGAGCAUGCUUGGAUUUGACAAAGGAUGUGAGGAGCUCAUGUCGGUCGAAGCACCGAGUAUGGUUCACGGAAGGCUGCCCGAGCAAAAUAGGGUUCUUGGCUGUGGUGGUGAUGGGGCUUUACAUCAUUUCAUACGCACCUGGAAUGGGAACAGUUCCCUGGGUGUUGAACUCUGAAAUUUACCCACUCAGAUACAGAGGAACCGGAGGAGGAAUCGCUGCAGUUUCAAACUGGAUUUCGAAUCUGAUUGUGAGUCAGACAUUUUUGACAUUGGUGGAAGCUCUUGGGGCCGCUGGUACAUUCCUGCUGUUCGCAGGAUUCUCAUUUCUUGGACUCAUUGGUAUCUAUUUCUUGGUACCUGAAACUAAAGGGCUGCAAUUCGAAGAGGUUGAAGAGCUCCUCAGGCAAGGGAAGAAUUAUAAGAGCAGCAGAGGCCAGAGGGAAGUUUCGGAACAAUAAUCCUCCAGAAUUGACGCGAACUUUGAUUUAUAACUAACUUAAUGUUUCUUUUGGUGUUCCUUGUGAGAAACUUUUAAUAAGUUGGAAUAAAUUAUGGUUUGUGUGUGUU